GAAAAACAGAGGAAGAGGCUCUUAAGUAUUAGCAAAAUUUACAGGGUUUAGAAUGAAUUGGGCUUUAAUGAUUCAUAAAACCUAGAUCUCGAUGUUUCAAAUUCAUACUAAUAUCAAGUGCUUGUUCUCCCACAUCGAUUACAAAACUCAAGAACAUUAAAGAAUCUGAACUUUAAAUUAGACGCAGAGCAGUGUGAUAAAGACUCACGGAGCCGUGCAGUGGGGGCAAAGCGAACUAUUCUUUCGCCUUUUACUAAAGAAUACCGUGUUCUCUCUCCAUUUAGCGGCAUACGCCUAUUUUUGGAAAAGGGUUUAGAAAUAAACCUCCAUCAGUUCUUUAGUUUAAAAUUAUAAUAUUUUUGAGGUAUAUAGGUGUCAAAAUAUUACUCACAAUAUUUGAUAAGUGUUUGUCACUAUGGUUCUUUUCUCCCACAGUUACCACUAACUAAAGAUGAGAAGUAUCUCUGUUUGGUUCAAUGUAGUAGUCUUUAAUGAGUGAUUUCAGAUCGUUUUGGUGCCGCAGCACGGUGAACAUAUGUUGAAACGCGAGACUUAUGACGGAAGAUGCAGGUUGAGACUUGAGAGGAAAGAUAAUUGAUGGUUUACGCGGCGGACCUUGGAAGAUCUUGUUAAGAGUGUGAUGAAUGAAAGUAGUGAGGUUGGAAGAAUCAUGAUAAAUGGAGAUGUGUUUUGACUUUUGAGCGACUAAGGUUUUGCUGAUGGUUAUAUCUGCAAAUUUAAACAUAACUUAAUUGAUCUUGUGAAGACAUGAAUUAUCAUUUCUAGUCUUUCCAUUUAGUUCGGUUUAAUUGGUCAUGUUUGGCUUUGUUUGAGUCUCGGAGAGAUAGAUUUGUAGUAGGGCAUGUUGCAUUGCAUGCUCUUCGUAUGUCCCGUAAGAUUAGCUAUUUAAUAAUUUUAUUUUAUUUUGGAACGAAAUUAGCUUAUAACUUUUUUAAAGCUUAUAAACAAAAAGGAAAUCACGGAAUUUAAUGAAUGCCCAGUUGUAGAUUUGGCAUAAUCGUAACAACUUUGCAUGUCAUCUUUGCAAUCCAUAAGAUUAUGUAUCUGGAACUCUGGAAGCAUAAAAAUAAUAUCGUAGUUUUGAUUAUGCAGUUAAUUAGCAUAUAAUAUAAUUAUGCUAUAGAUUAUUAGGGGAUAAUUUCCGGAAACUAAAAUAGCAAAAGGAAAUCACAGAUUGUAAAAAAAUUAAAUAAACGAAACUAAAGACUUGGCUUAUUCGUGGAGGCUUGAAUCAUUCAACUCAUAAUAGCACUUUCCUAAACUUCAGGUCAUCUGCAACUGAAAUUUUAUAAACAAAACAUAAGAACAAGAAUAAAAAAAAACGAAGGGACAGAAACAGAAAUGGGAUCAAAGUUUCAUGCUUUUAUGUUUCCAUGGUUCGGUUUUGGCCACAUGACUGCAUUUCUACAUCUGGCUAACAAGCUAGCUGAAAAAGGGCACAAAAUCACUUUCUUGCUACCCAAGAAAGGUCUGAAGCAACUUGAACCUCUCAAUCUGUUCCCAAAAUCCAUUGUCUUUCACAUUCUUACCAUCCCUUCCGUCGAUGGUCUCCCUGAUGGUGCCGAAACAACCUCGGAUAUCCCCAUCACGUUAGGUAGUUUUCUGGCCUCAGCUAUGGAUCGCACACGUGGCCAGGUCGAAGAAACGGUUCGAUUAGGUAAACCGGAUCUAAUUUUCUUUGAUUUUGCUCACUGGAUUCCGGACAUAGCUAGAGAAUAUGGGGCCAAGAGUGUGAAUUUUGUAACGAUCUCUGCAGCAUGUGUAGCUAUCUCAUUUGUCCCUGGUCGUAGUCCAGAUGAAUUAGCUAUACCUCCUCCGGGGUAUCCUUCCUCCAAGGUGUUGCUUCACGGACAAGAAACCAGUUCCUUGUCAUUUCUGUCCUAUCCCUUUGGUGAUGGAGUAACGUUUUACGAACGGAUCAUGACAGGGCUUGUGAACUGUGAUGUCAUAUCGAUAAGGACUUGCCAGGAAAUGGAAGGAAAAUUCUGCGAUUUUAUCGAAAGGGAAUUUCAAAGAAAAGUUCUCUUGACGGGUCCAAUGCUUCCUGAGCCGGACAAUAUCAAACCACUAGAAGAUCAGUGGAGUCACUGGCUGAACCGGUUCAAACCAGGAUCAGUAGUAUAUUGUUCACUUGGCAGCCAAAUCAUUCUUGAGAAGGAACAAUUUCAAGAACUAUGUUUAGGAAUGGAGCUGACUGGUUUACCAUUUCUUGUGGCGGUAAAGCCACCAAAAGGCGCAUCUACGAUUCAGGAAGCCUUACCAAAAGGGUUUGAAGAGCGGGUUAAGGAGCGUGGAGUGGUUUGGGGAGAAUGGGUGCAGCAGCCACUGAUAUUGGCUCAUCCAUCAAUAGGUUGCUUUGUGAGCCAUUGCGGGUUCGGGUCAAUGUGGGAGUCUCUGUUGAAUGACUGCCAAAUAGUGUUUAUUCCACAUUUGGGUGAACAAAUAUUCAACACCAGGCUAAUGAGCGAGGAACUUGAGGUCUCGGUGGAGGUGAAAAGAGAGGAAACAGGAUGGUUUUCAAAGGAGAGCUUAAGCGGUGCGGUUAGGUCAGUAAUGGACAAAGACACCGAGCUAGGGAACCUAGUAAGGAGGAACCAUGCUAAAUGGAAGGAGUCUCUACUUAGUUCUGGAAUAAUCAGUGGUUAUGUCAAUAAGUAUGUAGAAGCACUGGAGAAACUAGUCUAAAAGAGACGAAACAUGAAAUAAAUUGCAUGUGUUUCAAAAAAAAAAAAAAAUGAAAUAAAUUGCAUUGGUCUUAGUAACGUUGCUAUCAUUAACUAUACCACAUAACAUAAAAUGAAUUUUCUAUCUUGUAAGAUAAACUUCUAUAUAACAAUCAAAUCACUCCUUGUAGUGAUUUCCUGAAAGAGUUGCCAAAUAAUAAAUUCAAAGAAUUUAAAGAAAUAUUGGGACAUUGGUAUGAAAAUGAAGUUUUAGCUUGUGAGUUUCAAUAUCUUAGUCUGUUUUCUUUUCAUUCGUGUAUCCUACUUGUGUUUUCUUUAUUCACUAGUUACUUAUUAGACGUUAUUAGUCAAGUAGUGAAUACAUUGAAAAAUAAAAAAAUGGUUUCAUUUGAAUUAUUGUUGUUAGAUAACGAUAUAAGUAUAAUAUUUCAUCAAUCUUCAAAAAAAAAGUAUAAUAUUUCAUCGUUCUUUAUUGAUUUUCAUUAGUUAUACGAUUUGGUGUUAAUCCGGGAACAAGGAUUUCAACAUCUACUGAUGAACAUUUUAUUGGUAACUUCCGAUCUAAAUUAUUUCAAAAAAAUUAUUUUGUUCUCAGUAAAUCAUUAAUUCAAAAUCAAUAUCAUAUAAUAAAAACGAAUCUUAUAUCUUGUAAGAUAAACUCUUAUAAAACAAUCAAAUAAUUCAUUGUAAUGAUUUCAUAAAAGAUUUGGCAAAUAAAUUACUUUAAAUAAUUUUAAGAAAUAUUGGGACAUCAAUAUGAAAAGAAAGUCUUAGUGGUUAGUUUCUAUAUCGUAGUGUGUUAUCAUGUUAUUGAUGUGUCCUACUUUUGUUUCAUUCGUUCAUUAGUACUUUAUUUAUUCUAAUAUAUAUAAAGUAAACAUUCAAUAAAACUUAUGUUGUGUCACUUAUAGUUAAUUCUAGAUUAAUUGAAGAUCUUUCUUUUGACAUGAGAUCUUCUAGAAUCUCACAUUCAAAAAUUGUAAUAAAUAUUAUUGUUUUGUCUAAAUUUUAGGCUUCUUUAUUAUUAUUUUUUUUAAUUUUAUUUAUUUCUGUAAAUUGAAUUUUCGGAUAAAAAUAUAAAUUUUACCGGAUAUAUAAAUACCGAAUAUUUAGAUUAAACAAUCAUGGAUUAUAAAAAUGAUGAUUUGGACAGAAAACAAAAGAAGAUCAUGAAUUGCACUCAAAAUAGAAAGAUCAUGAAUAACUUCAAAAUACUAUAUAUAUAUAUCGUAUAUAAUAUGUCAACCCUAUAUGACGUGGGUCCAUUCAACGUUUGUUUUGUUGAUAGCAUCACAAUUGAACAAACCGCUAAUCUUACCUAACACAUAAGCAUGGCAAUUUUAUUACAAAAUAAACUAUACAUCCUAUCUAUGUCAACACUAAAUGACGUGGGUCCAUUGUACCACUAAUCUUACCCAACACAUGAGCCUGGCAAUUUUAUUUCAAAAACACUAUAUAUAUCCUAUCUUUGUCUACCCUAAAUGAUGUGGUCCAUUCAUUCACCUUGUGUUUUGUCGAUAAUAUCAUAAUUGAGCAACAGACGACCGCUCAUCUUACCUAACCACAAGAAAAACAAAGAAGCAAUGAUUCUACAAAAACUGCAAGAAAUGGAAUGGACGAACGUCGGUGGAAGAGGUAAAAAAGGUCUGUCGUGGCCGAGGGUACAAUAACCACUAGUUUAUAUAUUUCUGUUUCUUUUCUCUUAAGAUUCGUUUGUGGAUCUUCAUCUAGGGUUCCUUUAACUCUAUGCUUGUCCAAAACUUUUCAAAACUUAUGAGCUAAAACUCAUACUUGUAUUUCUUUUCCGCAUUUUAAUUGAAAGCCUGUUACAAAAAAAAAAAAGAAAAAAAAAAAA